ACUGUCCCUUCCCUUGUUCUUUCAAUAAGAGAGAGAGAGAGAGAGAGAGAGAAAUGUCUUCAGAGAGGUUGGCAGAGGAACUGAUAGAGAACUUUCAAGCUCCUUUUCUUCACCAUCACUCAAGACUAGCCUCUACAUUGCAGUCUCAAACUGAAGUCUUAUAAUUUUCCAAGCUUUAAUUGUCUCCCAUCCCAUUUAAAGUUUUUCACCUCAUAUAUUUUUCUGUCUUUCUCUGUCGGUGGUACCAUACCAUGAGACCCGAGGGAAACCCAUUAGACCUCAACAAUUUGCCUGAUGAUUAUAGUAGAGAUGGGAAACAGGUUGUUGAAGAAAGCUCUUCAUCUGCUGGCUAUAGGAAAAAGAAAAGCGGCGCUAAGGAUGGAAAAGACGAGUGUGAGAAGGUCUAUGAAUGUAGGUUUUGCUCCCUCAAGUUCUGCAAGUCUCAAGCCCUUGGUGGACACAUGAACCGCCAUCGCCAAGAGAGGGAGACAGAAACACUGAACCGGGCUCGUCAACUGGUCUUUAGUAACGAUAACCUGGCAGCCCAAGCUGCUCAUCACCUAGGUUGCCAACCAGUUCCACAUGGAGGAGGCUAUCAUCAAACAAGCAACAUGGGUGAUCCAACACUACCUUUCAGACCAGCCUACCCAACAAGAUUGUUUUCUGGUUCUUCCUCAACCCUCUUACAAUCACAACCUCCACCACCGCCACCCCAUCAUCAGCCAUACAUAUACACAUCUCCGUCACACCUCGUCUCCUAUCAGACCAACGACUACAUCGUAGGCCACGCUCUCUCUGGCAGCAACACUCAAUACGGUCACCUGAACCCUAACUAUGCCACUCCACCACCACCACCGGAUACUAAUUACACUUGCAUCGGUGCUCCAGUCGGAUAUGCAUUCCCACCUGGUAGCGGAAGCGGUGGUGGUGGUGGUGCUAGAGACGUGUCACUGAACAAUCAGGACGAAGGAUUAAAUUGGGGUCGGAGCUACACAGGGACACAGAAACAUUUGGAUCCUUCAUCGAUCAAUCGGUUUCAAGAUGGUUUCUAAAAUAUUUUUGAGUGAGAGUCCAAGUUUUCAAUCUGCUCUAUGACACACACACCAUUGUCACAGAGAGAGAGAGAGAGAGAGAGAGAGAGAGAGAGAGAAUCAGAAAAAAGUGACAAAAGGGUUAUGCAAGAAAGUAAAGAAGUUUUGGUUUUUCUACAGGUAUGGGAACAACUUUUAGAGGGUCAGGGGUACAUACUCAGCUAGUUUGGCUUGGAGCUGUGGAUUGGAUUGAAUGGGGUCUCAUGUUGUUGGUGUCUUUACUAGUAUCUACAUAAUAUUAACAAAGGAAACUAGAAAUGUGACAAGAAGUUAGAUAUGAACUGGAAGUUUUCCAAUCCCUUUUUGCAUUUUGGAUUUAGUUUUGCAAGGGAAUGAAUCUUUUAUUUUCAUUUUGGUUUCUCUUUUUGUGUUUUUCUGCUCUUUCUCUCUCUCUCCAAGUUCAAAAUGGGGGAUAUUGUGGUUAAUAGGAGCAAUGACCUAGAGAGAAUACAGAGUAGCUGGAUUUUCAUGAACUCUCUUAUCAGCAGAAUGUCCCUUAUUAGAACCCAUCAAAUCUGUAAAGCAUACAGUUUUUUAAGAGCUUAUUAUGAUUAACUCUUUCUUCAA